ACGGAACCGAUAACUAGGUAUUCAGCCAUGUAUUGAUGAAUGUGUAACCUCCUUACAGGUCAUAGGACCUGUCUUGUUUUGAACUGGAAAAUGAUUUUUAAAUUGACAUGGAUUUUACUUCAAGGUAUUGAACACAUUUCUUGCUUCGCUGGAAGUUUAAAUAAACACCACAGAUUAAUGUAUAGGUAAAAGAAGUGCUAUUCGUCACUUGUGCGCCGUUAUUAAUUGGAGUAUUUAAAUUACCAGUCUGAACGUCAUGUUAAAGUCUACAGUUGAUCAAAAUACCUAGUGUGAAGAGUUGGUGAACGAAGAUUUGAAAGAAGAAAUGGAUACAAAUUUAACGGAUGACGUAAAGGUACGUCUAGGAGCAGAGAACAAAGUUACCCUCACAGACGGAAUAGGUAUUCAACAGGUCAACGUCAGGGUCCCUAAGUGUGACCCUGACGAGCUUCUACCAGGAUGUUAUGAAAAGGAUGGUGCUGAAACCUUAUCAUCGAAAUUUAAUUUACAUAGACAAUACUCGCUUCCAUUCCAAGAAACCUUUGCACAGAAACCCGAAGAUUGUGAUAUUAUAUUGCCAAAUAUCUUUGAAGAGGAAGCACCAGAAAAUUCAUGUACUAAACCUAAGGUUUCUAUUUCAAAGAAAGAAAUUGUGAUAGAUCAGAAUUCACCAACUCAAAUAGACAUCACGUGGUCUAUAAAAAACACAAAGCUUGGUGUCAGUUACAUGUAUGAAUUGGAGAUUAUGACAAACACUGAAUGGUUACCUCUGACAGAGAAAAAAGCACCUGUUAUACGGAUUUAUAAAACAGACUUCUCUGUUUCUCUGUGCAAACUCAAAUGGGAUUUACGUAAAGGGGACGCUGUAUGGCAUGUCAGAAUACGAUCACGUGACAGUCAAAUGGCGUAUGACUGGAGUGAUUCUAUAAAAAUUCUUAUAUGUGGUAUAAGAAAUGAAGUCCAUUUUGACCCGAACGACAAAGCAGGAUCGAUUUUAUAUUAAUGUCGUUUAAACGAUCUACAUCUAAAUAAAGACUAAUUUAAGAAAGACUAUUUUUGGAAAGCAAGAUCGAUUCAAUUGUUCAUUGAACUCUGCUGUGGCUAACCACAGUUGAUUCCAUCCAUGUUAGCAUUUACACUCAUAUGACAUGUUUGCCACGAAGGUUUCCGUAUUUUUAAACAUUUAUUGUAUUUAAAAGAAUUUUACAGUGCAUCAAUUAUACUCGGCUAUCUGGUGAACAAAACAAGUUUUC